UUUCCAAAGUUAUCAUGAUGUAUCCCUCAUUGCAUAGAUCAAAGGCAAGAUAACCAGACCAAUGAGGACGGGUGGGAAGAAAUUUUAUCAUGGAGUCUGUGGGGGUCGUGAUUGUUCAGCUGGCUGCAAAUGCUUCCCCGAGAAAGGAGCUCGGGGUCAACCAGGACCAAUCGGGAACCAAGGACCAAUGGGCCUUGAAGGCUUUACUGGGCCAGAGGGCGUGAGAGGAGUGAAAGGAGAGAGGGGCGUAACAGGACCUCCAGGUGCAGCUGGAAUGAAGGGAGACAAGGGCCCAAUGGGGGUUCCUGGAUUUCCUGGAAUUUAUGGAGUUCCGGGACACCCUGGCCAGCCAGGAUCCAGAGGUCUUCCUGGUUUGGAUGGCUGUAAUGGCACCAUUGGGAGUCCUGGUGCUUCUGGAUCAGAUGGAUUCCCUGGUCCACAGGGACCGAAGGGUCAUCUUGGUCCAAAAGGCGCAAAAGGUGAACCUGUUUUUGCCCCAGGAAUUUUUAAAGGAGUGAAGGGAGAAGGAGGUCUUCCUGGACUGGAUGGUGCUAUUGGUCCUAAAGGUUCUCUAGGUCGACCAGGCCCUGCUGGUCCCAUCGGGCUACCUGGAUUUCCGGGACAACCCGGUCUCCCAGGACCCCCAGGUCCUGUAGGCAGUAGUGGUCUAGUUUUCCAGGGAGAAAAAGGAGAAAAAGGAGAUGUGGGACUUCCAGGACCAGCAGGACCUCCAUCUUCCACAGGGACAGAGGAAUUUGUCGGAUUGUCCAAAGGACAGCGAGGAGCAAAGGGAGCUCCUGGCCCCAAAGGAUAUCCCGGCCUACAAGGGGUUCCUGGCCGUCCGGGUUUAUGGGGCUUUGGAGAAAAGGGAGAAAAAGGUGUCCCAGGCUUACCAGGACCCCGGGGAGAUGCAGGAUUGAAGGGGUCUGAUGGAACCCGAGGCAGAAAGGGCGUUCAGGGUGAAUCAGGAUUUCCUGGUUGGGAUGGAUCUCCAGGUGGAAAGGGUGAAUUUGGUGACGUAGGUCCACCAGGUCCAACAAUAAUUGUUGACACAGAAGGUGCCAUCAUAUCAGGUCCCCCUGGAGAACCAGGCACACCAGGAACCCCUGGACUGAGAGGCGAUGAGGGGCCUAUUGGCUCACCAGGAUUUCCUGGCCAGCCAGGGUUUCCUCCAACCAUUCCAGGUUCCCCAGGUGUAACAGGAGUCCCAGGGAUGCCAGGACUUAAAGGGGACCGAGGAGACCGAGGAAGGACCACAGUGGGACCCCCAGGCCCACCUGGGAAAGAUGGAUCUCCAGGGUUACCGGGAGUUCCAGGGUUAUCAGGUGCUUCACAUACAAUACACACAGCAGGUACCAUCUUUAAUGGAGAACCCGGGCUGCCAGGUAUCCCUGGACCAAGAGGGCCUCCAGGAAUCUUUGGUGCAAAAGGAUAUAAAGGGGAUGGUGGUGACUGUGCCUGUGACGGAGGAAUCACAAGAACUGGCUUGCGAGGGGACACAGGCAGCCCCGGUCAGCCUGGAAGACGAGGUGAUGUUGGACCAAAGGGAUCCUUGGGGGAGCCAGGAGAUGGUAUAGUAGGUCCUCCUGGGCCACCGGGUUUCCUAGGUCAACCUGGUCUUCCAGGCAUUAAGGGACAAAAAGGGGAACCAUCUUUAGCCUCAGGCAAAGGACCUCGAGGAGAUCCAGGGAAUGUGGGACUCAGGGGUCCUUCAGGGCAACCUGGAAUUCCUGGUAGGGAUGGUGUGCCAGGUGUCUCAGGUCAACAUGGUCCUCCGGGUGAUGAUGGAUUCGGCUUCCCGGGGGACAGAGGUUUCCCUGGAUCACCUGGCCCACAGGGGAAGCGUGGUGAAAUUGGCCUACCUGGCAUUGGUUUUCCGGGGCCAAGUGGACGUUAUGGACCUACAGGUGACCCAGGGAUCAGUGGCUAUCCAGGACAACCUGGCCCUCCAGGGCUGCCAGGUGAUUGCUGCUGCGGUGAGAAGGUUGGUAAUGGAGACUUAGACGCUCAGGGAGGAACAACUUUGCCCUGCAUAAUCCCCGGAAUUGUUGGUCCACCUGGACUCCCUGGACCUUCAGGAUUUCCAGGUCCCAGGGGUAGCAAAGGAUUCCCUGGUUUUCCAGGGCAGCCAGGUUUAUAUGGCUUAAAAGGAGAACUGGGUACACCUGGAUUGGCUGGACUCCCAGGAAUGCCAGGUUUUCCUGGUCCUCGUGGAGAUCCAGGCCCAAAAGGGCUACAAGGGGUUGACGGGGCAGAUGGGUUGCCUGGCACUGAAGGCUGUCCUGGUUUGCCUGGCCCAAAGGGAUCACCAGGUGACGUGUUUGGAGCUGAACGAGGAUCCCAAGGGGAACCUGGGCUACCUGGCUUACCAGGAGAUAAAGGUUUUCCUGGAGAUUUUGGCCUUCCUGGAUCAGAAGGUUUGGAUGGAAGGUCUGGUCUGCCAGGUAGAAAAGGAGGGCGUGGGGAACCAGGUCUUCCAGGCUUUGAUGGACUGCAAGGACCGCCAGGACCCGGAGGUCCAUUUGGCAUCAAAGGAAAACCAGGUCCGAUGGGAACAGUCGGCUUUCCAGGAUCACCAGGCUGCAAAGGGCUUCCGGGAGCAAAAGGCCCGAGAGGUGAUGCUGGUUCACCAGGUCCCGCCGGCAUGAAAGGGUCCCCAGGUCCUGAUGGUCUACCAGGACCACCUGGAGAAAGAGGAUUGCCUGGACCUUCAGGUCCUUGGGGCCUAGAAGGAACCUCAGGUUUUCCGGGCUCCAAAGGUGAAAAGGGCUCAGUGGGCAUGACUGGUUUCCCUGGAAUGCCAGGCCCACCUGGGCUCCCUGGUGUGAAUGGCCUGAAAGGAACUUCUGGUGCACCAGGAAGAAACGGAAACCCUGGGUUUUCUGGGUUCCCUGGCCUCAAAGGAGACAGAGGUGUUCGUGGUCCUCCUGGUCCUCCCAUUUUCAGGCCCCCAGAUCUGGCCCUCAGAUUCAAAGGGAACAGAGGAGAUCCUGGACUGGCUGGACAGAGAGGAUUUCCAGGGCCAAGAGGGGAGAAAGGAGCUCCAGGUCUCCCCGGGCAGCCCGGGCUUCCAGGAAGAGCUGGGUCACCAGCUAGAGAGAAAGGACUGCCAGGAGACCCAGGUUUUCCAGGAUCUUUUGGUCCUCCUGGGUUAAUGGGGCAGAACGGAUUUGGUGGCAUCUCCGGGUUUCCUGGAAUGCCUGGGGAAAAUGGCGCUGAUGGUUUACCAGGCUCGCCUGGGUCCCCAGGAAUUGCAGGAUUGCGUGGUCCAAAAGGUGACCGAGGGGAAUCACGAGGAGUCCCUGGUGGUGUGGGACCUAAGGGCCAACGAGGGGACAGUGGGCUUCCAGGUAUCAGAGGUGUCCAAGGAACAAAAGGUGACCCAGGAUACCCAGGCGGUUUUGGGCUAAAAGGGCAGAAAGGUAUGCUAGGUAACCCUGGACAAGAAGGACCACGAGGCUUCCCUGGAGCUAGUUUGAGGGGCAACCCAGGUCUUCCCGGUAAUCCUGGGCAACGUGGACCUCCAGGAUUUCCUGGUUCUCCUGGCAUUGCAGGACUAAAAGGAUUCCCAGGAUUGCCAGGACUGACUGGCCUCAAUGGCUUACAGGGCACUAAGGGCUCACCUGGAAAACAAGGCCUGAGUGAAAGUGGACUUCCUGGACCAGCAGGGCUUCCAGGUGUCAAAGGUGAACGAGGUGACCCUGGUUUCCAGGUUGGAGCUCCAGGCCUUCAUGGGCGAAAAGGACCUGCAGGAGAAAUAGGUCUUCCUGGAAGCCCGGGUAACCCCGGUUUGCGAGGCCCCCCUGGCAUCUCUCUACCUUCAACAAUUCCUGGGAGGCCUGGUGAUGCUGGAGAUUCUGGAAAAGAUGGGCCGCCAGGCUUCCAAGGUCCUCCUGGGCCACGAGGACCACCAGGCCCAGCCUUCAAUCAAGGUGAUCGAGGUAAUCCAGGCUUCACCGGUUCUCCUGGUUUCCCAGGCCCCAAAGGUGAUGCAGGCAUCCCUGGACUUAGUGGAGUCCCGGGUGCAUCAGGUUUCAAAGGAUUCAGAGGUGACCCAGGGUUCAUGGGAAUGCCCGGGAAAGAUGGACCUGUGGGUGAUCCAGGUUCCUCUGGUCCAAAAGGUGGAAGAGGCCUUCCAGGUUUCCCUGGGCUGCAAGGAGCUCCAGGUUCAACCCAAAUACCAGAAGAAAUCAAAGUUGCUCCUGGCUUAAUCGGAUUUCCUGGAAUUGAUGGCAUCCCUGGUUUAAAUGGAGAACUUGGCUUCCAGGGGCAAAUUGGACCACAAGGUCCCAAAGGAAAGGCAGGCCCACCGGGCCACGUGGGAAUCACUGGCUUACCAGGCUCUCCUGGGAUGGUAGGAGACCCAGGAAAUACAGGAAAUACAGGGCUACCAGGAUUUGAAGGAGCACCUGGGAAUCCAGGUCCGGCUGGGUUGCCUGGAAUGCCAGGUCGCAGCGUUGGGGUUGGCUAUACCUUGGUGAAACACAGCCAGUCAGAGCAGAUCCCGCCAUGCCCGGUGGGCAUGAACAAACUCUGGGAAGGCUACAGUUUGCUGUAUGUGGAAGGCCAGGAGAAGUCCCACAAUCAAGAUCUGGGUUUUGCUGGGUCCUGCCUGCCUCGUUUCAGUACCAUGCCUUUUAUUUAUUGCAACAUCGACGAAGUGUGCUACUAUGCCAGCCGCAACGAUAAAUCGUAUUGGCUUUCCACCACCGCUCCUAUACCCAUGAUGCCCGUCAGCAGCUAUCAGAUUGCCCAGUACAUCAGUCGCUGCUCGGUGUGCGAAGCGCCUUCCCAAGCUGUCGCUGUCCACAGCCAGGACAUCACCAUCCCGCAAUGCCCCGAAGGCUGGCGCAGUCUCUGGAUUGGGUACUCCUUCCUCAUGCACACGGCGGCCGAAGGGGGCGGCCAGUCCCUUGUCUCCCCUGGAUCUUGUCUGGAGGACUUCCGUGCCACUCCUUUCAUCGAAUGCAAUGGUGCCCGAGGAACGUGCCACUACUUUUCCAACAAGUACAGCUUUUGGCUGACUACGGUGGAGCCGACCCAUCAGUUUGCUGACUUUCCCAUCUCAGAAACGCUGAAAGCGGGACAGCUCCGGACACGGGUGGGACGGUGCCAAGUCUGCAUGAAAAAUUUGUAGCAAAGGCCAGAACGUUUGUUCCUUGUUUCUUUAGGAUCAAGAAAUUAGCAUUUGUGCCCAGCUGGGGAAUUGACAUCUCCCCAAAUCUCCCCAGAGAUUUUUGUCUAUAUCAAAAUACGGUGCUAUCUCUUUCCCGUUUUUUAUCUUCCUGGCUACCUCAGAAAGUCUUACUCUGCCUUCCCAACUGCCACAUUGUCUUGGCUUUGAUGUACUCAACUGAUUUUCGCAAGAUAUGUUGAUCUUGAACAAAGGUCUCUUUUCAAGCCUUUGAUCGUAAGGUCUUCCCAUGUUAAGGAUUUAAGAUACGUCAGGAAUUUCACAAAUGUUUUUGCCUGCAUGUACACACCUCUUCUAAUUAUGUUACUCAUUUAUAUUCUGCCUAUGUUAACUGCUUAUUUUAGGCCUAAAAAAAUAACAUAUUUGGCUGCCUAGAGGUGGUUCUGUUCCUCUGUUACAAGUGGCCUGAUGGGUUCUGAAAGUUCAGGUUCGUGGAGCAGGUGACUAUAUUGAUCAAAGCCUGCCUGGCACACCAUUAAACAGUAAAGUGACGAUAAAAUGAAAUAAAUAAGCCGCUUAGGAAAAGAAAAUAUUGGGAUUUUUCAUCUGUAACAUGAGGAGCAGGCCUACAAGUGUUACAAGAAUGAUAAUUUGACAUAGCAUCAACUUGAAGAAUUUCAUUGCACCUUUUGACAUAGCAUCAACUUGAAGAAUUUUUAUGGUGACGAUGCAGUUUUAUUUUGUCUGCUUGAUUAUCCAGGAAUAUUAAUCUAGCAGUGUUGCUACCCUGUGUAAUGUUUUCAUAGGAAUGUUUCAGAACGAUCUUUCAGCUUGUUAAUGUGCCACAGUAGUGUCAUCUUGUUGCAUCCAGUGUGCAAUUUACAGGCCCCCCUGAACAUGACACAUCUUGGCUCAAAUGCCAGAAUAUUGCUUGAGCAUUUGUCUGGUGAGACAACUCCUUCCUUUCUCUGCUGGGACAUCUGAAUGCCUUCUGGGCACAUUAAUCAUUGUUUCAUGUUGGAUCCAGACUGAGAAACCAACAUCAAGUAAUGGUUGAAAAUUUUAAUUUGUUCCACUCUGAUAACAAUUGUCCCUUGGCUUGGUCACAGCUAUGGUUAAUUAACCGACAGAAGAAUUCUUCAGGUCUGGUGGAGUGAAGAGGAAAGAGAAUGUCCAUUAGAGGUCCAACACUUAGAUGCAGACUUGACCAUGGUGAACUAAGGAACAAUUGAACCUGUUGGGUGAUUUCCCGAAGGAAAUUAUGUUUAAAAACUACUAAGUAGAAAAAGCUGGUGUGCAUCGCCUGCCAAUCUGUGUAACAAUUCUGCUUGCUAAGAAUGCUGAAAAUAGCAAAGACUUAGUUUGUGUCAUCACUUAUCCUGGUAUUCUAGCCAAGAGAAUAUAGAUUAGUAAAGUAGUUAUGUUUUCUAGUUUCUGUCACAACUUAAUUCUACAAUGCUUUGAUUCUUUGUUCACAACUGCAUGGCUGAGUCUUGAUCUACUAUCUGUGUCCUGCUCAGUGCCGUCUGCCCCGUUUAACUUUUUGACUGCCUUGGUUCUAGUGUAUCAUUUGUUUUGCCCUGUUUUCUACAAGCUGUGUUUACAGCCUCAGCCCAUGUACAUUUCCAUCUGGAAGAUGGGUAAAAGCUAUCAACUUUAAGAAUAUCUUCUUAAUUUCUUAAUAAUAUACUAAUAUUCAUGUGUUAUACAAAUGCUCUUGGACUUCAUACAACCAUGAUAACAUUGAUCCGUAAAUAGUCCAAUAUUACAUAUGGUGGCAGAGGACUUUGAAAUUUAUAGAACAGCCAUUACUACUCCAUCACUUGUAAUGGGUGUACAAGCUGGAGCAAGUCACUAGUCCUUGACGAAAAUAGUUUCAAACGCCAUCACUUCUUCUGUCUCUGUGCUGUAAUUGUACAUAAAAUGAGAAAAGUCACCUGUUGAUUAUUCAGUUGCACAUCGCUAGAUUUCAGUUCCACAAUAUUUUUGCCUUAAUUUUUUGAGGUAGCCUUGGAAUUGCUGGUGCUUAAAACAAUUAAUAUACUACUAAAUAGGUUAGUUUUCUGUUAAUGUAACACUGAGUAAAAGUUGGAUGAACUGACUGUUCUGCCAAUACUAUGGAUUUCUUGAUUUUACUUUUACUGGUCUUGCAUUCUGUAAUGCACUGCUGAAAGUAUCUUCAGAGCACUGACUAUAUUUUGACUCUUAUUUUUUUUUCUAAAAAGAGGUAAAACACAGCAUGUCCGUUUUGUGAGAUAUAUUCCAUUCCCCCCUUAUAAUAUGCUUAGUAAACCCCUCCAGUCACAUACUCAAGUUGUAAAGUGAAUUUAUAUUAAACCUGUGGGAUCACAGAAUUGUAGAGUUGGAAGGGACCACGAGGAUCAUACAGUCUAACUUCUUCAAUGGCCAGAAACAUCAAUUAAACCAUCAGCAAGAGUUGGUUGUCCAUCCUCUUAAAAACCUCAGUACUUUUAGGUCUUGGUCAAAGGAGAGGGCAAUUUUCACAAAGAAGGUGCUUGGGUUUAAAUAGAAUUCAAAAUAAAUUUUAGGACGCUUAAAACAGAGAUUGUGCUUAAGAGAGGAGCUCAAGUUCUACAUAACAACUGUAUCAAUUAAGCCAACACUGGGGGGGAAAUAUCAGCAGAUGCCUUUGCUGUUUCUUUGUUAGUUUUUAGAUUUUUCUUUGGCAGUUGCUCCCAGGUAAAACCCUCUCCCUCUCGGGUUGCAUCAAACAGGGGAACAAAAAAGAUUCCCAUAACCAUACUGUAUUCCCCUUUUUUUAAAAAAAAGGAUCAACUAUUUAAAAGCUCAUGAAUAAUGCUUUACUACUGCCAUCAUCUUCUGCCCUCAAUUAUAUUAGUUCCUCCCAAAUAUACAGGUGGAUGUUGACAAUCUUUUUAAGGAAUCAGAAGGCUAAGACACCCCAUACUGCAAAAGAAUUGUGUAAUUCUUGGCAGGUUCCACCUUUUGAAAGUAGUAUUGAAAGUCCAGUAACUUGGUGUGUCACUUGAGGGAUGAUGUAGUUAUGUGAAAUGCUGCUGAGGAUUAUGGCUGUAGUGGUCAAACCACUGCAGAGCACUAGGGGUGAAGAAUAAAUACAGAUUCCACCAAUGAAGCAUUUCAUUCUGCAUAUAACAGUGGUACUAGGUAAUGCAGUUUUUGAAUCUGCCAGCGUGGUGAUGGUUAAUGUUAUUAGCCAUCUAUGUUGCCCCAUGAUGUGGAGCGAUUAUUACCUGUGCAUGACCACAUCAGGGUAAAUAACAAUCAGAAAGCUGAGGCCAACCACUUUUAUUUUGAUAGAUACCAUUCUCUGGUUCUUAAAAAGUUCCAAGUAACCCAGAAAGAUCUAGCACCCAACCUAUUCAGUUAAGAAAUGAGAUCCACAAAUAAAGGGCUCUUGCAAGGGGAAACGUGUAAAUGUUUAAUUUAAAAUAAAUAAGAUACAGUUGAAACAAAAAAAGUGUUUUCUUUUACUCAGAAGCAAGAGGUUUAAUAAUGAUUUGAAGUUAAGGUCAAGGUGAAGGGUCAUCAUAAUUAUAAAGAGACUUCCUGUACCUUCCAAGAACAUGGGAGGCAGUU